GUUGCUUGUCUAUGGUAGUACUCAACAAAAAAAAGCAAUGAACUAAAAUGUGAAAAAUGAAAUUUGCUUGUUACUAAUGUUUCAUUUAAUUUGUGAGAGAGUCUAGUAGUUUUGUACAUUUAAUAGUAUUUCAGUAAAUACAAGAAAUACAAUUACAUCCAAAAAGUAAUGGUUGUAUGUUGCUGCGUUAAAACAGUACAAUGGCGAAAAGAAAGAAGGCAGCAGCAAAAACCGUGGCGACGCGUCGUACAACUCGAAGCGCCAAGCAGCAGGCCGAAGCAGCGUCGGCUGCUGACGGUGAAGCUUCUGGCUCAAUCGAGGCGACCACCUCUGAAACCAGCCAAGCAACAGAGUCAAUACCUACCGAUGCACCCACUGCUCCCGAGUCACAGGCUCCAGAGGCUCCAGAAACAUCAGAAUCUUCAGGCAAUGCCAUUACUAAACCUUGUCAAGUACCAAUCGUAGCAUUGCAUAAGAAAUUCGGUAAAUAUCGAUGUUUAUUCAAUAAUGAUGAGACAUUUACUAGAAAAUAUGAUAUUGGCAGUGACAGUGAAACAAAUAGUAGUGUAGAAAUAAGAGUUGUUGAUCCUUGUGCAAGCUCCGAGUCAGAUUCUAAUGCUGCUUUAGAUACACAGUCUGAUACUAAUAGUGGGGCAAAUUUGAGUCCUUUGAAUAGUACAAUAAUAACACAGAGCAAUUCUAGAGACAUAUCACCUGUACCUGCACUGACUGAAUUACCAUCGAAUUGUGAAACACCACUAUUGAACAAAGAUGAAGCAAAUGAGAAGUGUAUGGAGUUAAGUACUAUUGAUUUGAUUGAAACUGACUCCACUCCUAGUAUUAAUGAGAGUCACCAUGUUAUAGAUGAGUCCCACAAGGAAUCAAAGAUAGAAGAAGUUCAGGUUGAAGACAUUCCAUUGGAAGAAGAACAAAUAGAAUUUACAGGGGAUGAUGAUGAAGUCAUUACAAUUGUUCAGAUAGUUGAAGAUGACCACCCAGAGCUUUAUUACAACAUCAAGAUUGAUAGUCCACAAGAGCAUAUAACUGAACACAUUGAUAAUGAAGAGAGUAAGGACAAUUCACAAAACAAUGAUUUCCAAGAACAUUUUGAAAAGUUAAAUAUUACAACAUCAGAUUCAAACAUUCCUAUGGAAUGUUCAGAAGUGAUUGAGAUCUCAUCCUCACCAUGUUUAACUCCUGACAUACAAUUUAAAGAAGGUUUAAAUGAAGUUCUAAUGAGACCAGAUCCUAGUCUCACACCAAGUUCUACACUCUCAGAUGAUAGUAACUCAUCUAGGGUGGCAGAACCAAACCAGAAUAACUCAAAUGAUUCAGCAGAAUCUUCUCCUACGGGUGUUAGGAGAUCCAGUCGCAUUAAGACAAUAAGCAAUUUAAAACAGAAAACAAAAGGCUAUGGAUUAGUAAAAACACCAUUAAAGAAGGCUUUGAUAACACAGACAAAGCUGAAACUCGAAGAAAUUGGAUCUGACAGUCAGGAAAAAUCUAGUGAGUCUUUGCCAGGUACUACACCUAAUUCACCUUCAUUUCCUGUGCCUUCUGAGAUGCCUGUGAAGGUGAAGUCUCGGUGGCGUCGGUCUAGUGAGUUAGAGAUGGGUGCUGGCUCCCCUGCUAACUCACCUUUGGCAAGCCCCAGUCUGCCACAGAGGUUACCUCCAGUGGCUGAAUGUCCUAGCUUACCAGAAGAAGAACAACAUGCACCUCCUUUAACUAAAGAAGAUUAUGAUAGAAUAAUUGAAGAGCGAAUGAACCAGUAUCAACAUUUAGAUGAAAAUGAGUAUUUAUGUGAGAGAAUGAUUAGUAAGGAGACAAAGAAGAUGACUUGUGACUGUUUUAUGACCAAAGAAGAAUUGGAGAGAGGGGAACUAGCUUGUGGAGAGGACUGCCUCAAUAGACUGCUUAUGAUUGAAUGUAAUUCCCGAUGUCCAGUAGGUGAUAGAUGUACUAACAGAAGGUUCCAGUCUAAGGAAAAUGCACCUCUUAAGGUUUUCUAUGCAGACAAAAAGGGUUGUGGUGUGGAGGCUAUUGUUGAUAUCCCAGCGGGUGAAUUUCUUCUCGAAUAUGUGGGCGAAGUGCUUGAUUACGAGCAGUUCUACAAGCGGGCUCAGGCAUAUUCGGCUGACAACAACCUGCAUCACUAUUUCAUGUCGCUGAAGGGCGACACGGUCAUUGACGCGACACUCAAGGGCAACAUAUCACGUUUCAUCAACCACUCUUGUGACCCUAAUGCUGAGACACAGAAGUGGACUGUCAAUGGAGAGCUUCGGAUUGGAUUCUUCAGUAAGAGGGACAUUGUUGCUGGGGAAGAACUUACGUUUGAUUAUCAGUUCCAGAGGUUUGGAAAGGUGGCGCAGCGCUGUUACUGCGGCGCCGACAACUGCCGCGGCUGGAUCGGGGGCGAGCCUGACUCUGACGAUGAAGAUGACGAGGUACGACGCAUAACGGAGGACGAAGAUGUGUCUACCUCAAAGUCUGGUACAACGGAGUCUUCGGAGGAGUCCCACGCUACACCUACAGAGCAGCCGCGACCGAAAGUUCGACGCCCCAAGAAGGACCGCACCUACAAACCUAAAGCUCCUGACUUGGUGCAGGAUGCUGACAUUGAAGAAGAUCUGGAAGCCUUGGGCCGUACCGGCGUGAAGAACCAAAGUCAUACACUUCGGCUCUCGCGUACCGUGGUCCGAGCUAAGACACGGCGAGCACAAACUGCUUUACUGCGACUACUGCGCGACGCUGACCUCCCAUGUAGAAGACUUUUCCUUGACUACAGAGGUCUUAGAUUGCUGGCGCCUUGGUGCAGUGAUGCUCCACUUGAUUUCAAGCUGGAAAUGCUGCAGACAGUGGACCGACUACCAAUCCCCAACAAGACGAUGGUUCAAGAGAGUCGUUUCUUCACCAUCGUGGAGCGAUGGCUGAGCGCGGCCGAGGCGCCGCAGCCACCGCCCGACAAUGUGUUCAUUGAUGAGGCUACUGGUUUACCUGUAGAACUACCAAACAGAAAUAGCCAAGAGAAUCUCUCAAGUCCAGAAAAGGCGAAAGACAAUGCAGCCAUACUGGAGAAGAUUAAGGAUCUGUCAAGUCAACUGUUGGAAAGAUGGUCUAGUUUAAAGGAAGUAUUCAAAAUUCCGAAAAAAGAACGAAUACAACAGAUGAAAGAGCACGAAAGACAAGCCAACGUUGAGAGGCGAGCGGCUGAUUCGAGCGGAUCGCGCGACAGAGACCGUGAUCGUAGGGAGGACCGCGACAGAGAUCGCAGGGAGGAGAGGGAGCGGGAGAGGGAAAAAGAGAGAGACAGAGAUAGAGAACGAGACAGGGACAGGGAACGAAGUGACCGUGAACGUGGGGAGAGGGAUCGUGGCGAAAGAGACCGUGAUAGAUACAGAGAUCGCGAUAGAGACCGGGACAGGGAUAGAGAUAGAGAUGACAGAGACAGGAGGAAACGAAGGAGCAGUCCGGAGGGUAGACGGAGUAUCAGGCUAAGUGACCGUGUACUGGCCGCAGUGCCACCGAUGACGAAGGAGGAACGACGUCGUGCCUUCGCAGAGGCGGCCGCCGCCGCGGACGAGUCCAGGAGGCAACGAGAACGGAUGCAACAUACUGGAUGGCCCGCUUACUGGCCACAGGCUGAUGCUUUCCAACAGCAAAUGUUCCCUGGUGGUAUGGUUCCCGGUGGGCCCAACAUGAUGAGUAACAUGGGUAACAUGAAUAACAUGAACAACAUGGGCAACAUGGGUGGCAUGGUAUGUGGAGUGCCUGGCUUAGUACCCGACAUGCCCGCGGACUGGAUGUCUCAUGAAUUUCCUCCUGCACCCUUCUGCCCGCCUUUCUGUAUGCCACAAGCCAAUAUGAUGGGCAUGCCUGGGUUCCCCAUGGGUGGGUUUAUGUUUGGGCAACAGGUGGGCCCGGCCGGACAACCUCCCUUCCCUCAAGUACAAACACAACCUGAUCAACCACAACAACAACCUGCCGUAGCAGCUUCAGCUCCACCGGAAGACCUCAAGGACAUAGUACUUCCUUCUCUAUGGCGCAGUGCCACAGACUCCCGCGGCCGCACGUACUACUACCACGUCAAGUUGCGACAGCCGCAAUGGAUACCUCCGCCACUGCCCACCGAACCUGAAGAGAGUUCGUCAGAGGAGGAAGAUGAGCUACCGUCUUCAGGCCUGGACAGUCCCCUCGUGCGACGACAGACCAAAGGGAAGGUCGUGGAAGGAGUCAAUGGCAUUUACGAAGGUGGGGAGACCGACUUUAUUAAAGAGGAUAGUCACAACGGCCUGAUUCCUGACCACGCGCUAGUCAGCCUCAAACCAAGGAAACGAAGACCUGGACUAGUAUCCGAAAGACCUAUCAGUCCGAGGACAGAAGAAGACAAACUAGCAGGAAGGCUUGAAGUGAAGCGGUAUAAGCAGACAAAAGAAAAACUACGAAGGCGCCGGGAGAAAAUUCUACAGAAGGUGCGAUUGCUCGCCGCGAACAAAUCGCAACGCAGAUUCAAAGGCAGCGUGAUGGACUUGAAGCAAAUGGUGGAAUUAGUGGACUCCGAUAGUGAUUCUGAAGACUCGUCGACCGAAGAAUCGACUCCAGCGCCAGUACAAGAAACCCCAAUGGAGAAACCAGUUAUGUUGGAGGCGUCCCCGUCUCCAGUUGUAGCGCCGCCACAAUCCCCGCCCGCCUCGGAAGGCACGACCACCAUGAGCACUGAAGAGACAGCUCGCAAGAUUAAGGAGCAGUUCCGCUGCAGCAUGGCGCGGGUUAUGGUGCAGCACCUCAACCCAUACAGACACCCUGACGCGCCGGCCGCGCGCAUCACGUGCACGGCCGACUUCAAACAUUUAGCUAGAAAGCUCACACACUUCGUAAUGCUUAAAGAGCUGAAGCAUUGUCGGUCAGUCGACGAACUAGUAGUGACUGACUCGGUGCGCUCAAAAGCGAAGAUGUUCGUGAGGAAGUAUAUGGCCAAGUUUGGACCUGUUUAUAAUCGCCCUCCGGAAGAGAUCGAUUAGCGCAGGAAGGCCGCGACCCGGCCGAAUACCUAGCGUUUGGGAUGCCUCUAACAUGAACAUACACGAUAGAAACAAUAUACCUGCGCAGACUUGUUAAACAGAUAGUGACAAACAGUGCUAGCUCUAGUUUUAAGUGACUUCAACAGCGUUACACUGAACUAGUGUUGAUUGAUCAGUCCUUUUACUGAUGUACACCAGAUUUUGAAACUCACUAACACAGAAAGUGAUUUUUAUAGAUUCUCACCUCAUGGACUGAUAUGCAAUAGUGAACAUAACCGCUAUUUAAUUUAUUAACACUGAUUUUUUAAAUAAUGACAAUGAUAAUUACUAAUUACUCACUGAUAGUAAAUGAUUUUGUGGGACAAGGAAUAAAGAGAUGUCGAGUCGAGAAUGAUAGUAUGUGAAACAUGUACUGCAUAGAAAAUAAAAACUAAACUAUACUGUAAAUAUAGUGUAAGUCCAUAUAGUUUAUACUUUGUUUUAAGAAACACCUCUUUAGCAUAUACUGUAUUGUAAAUUACGUGAUUCUGUUCUUAGACAUGAUUUUUAUUAAAUGUUCACGGGACAAAUGCAAGAGAAAGUAUUUAUGUUUAUACUAUGAUCUCUGGAGUUUUGCUGGACAAUACGCGAACGCAACUCGAAUAAUGAACUGCAACGGUUUAAGUACACAGUAUUAUAAAAUAGAUUUUAUUAAAUAUUAUGAACAGUUGUUUGCUGGUGUGUUUGCUCGAUAAGAUCACACUUUACUAAUGUCUAGUUAGUUCAAUUUUUCGAUUUCAAAUGUCGAGAUGUUCUCCUCACUAUCAUGAAAUUUGUAAGCUUUGCUUAUUUUGUAGACUGAAUUCUAGUAAUCAUAAUACAUUUUAAAACUUCUUUUCAAAUUUCUUUUUCAUUCUUUACUUCAUUUAUCAAAGUAGUUGAUUAGGGUACCCUCUCGUGUACCAAUAAAAUCUUUUUAAGUAGUUGUUUAAUAUCGAGUAAGUUACUUCAAGUGUUCAAGGGCUACUCCCUUUUAGAUUUCAGUCUGAGAAAUUAGCUAGCUUUCUCACAAAAUAAUUAUAAUAUUUUAUUACCUAAUUAUGAUAUAGAUUGGUGAUUAAAUAAGAUUUAUUAGCCAAUAUCUAAAUGACACAAUACAUUGAUUCUUGUGAAGGAGACAAUGAGAUUCCUAUGUAAUACCAAUUGAUUUUUUCACAAUUUAUUGUAGUAAGAGAUCUUGCUUUCGCUUACUGUAUGUGCUUUUGCAGUGCAGAUAUGUUUUCGAGAAUACUGACUAUUAGGUUAAGCAGUCCGUAGCGAUAGUUGAACGCAGCCUCGGUUGCGGAACAAAACCAAACAUGAGUUUGUCGUCAAACUAAAUGAUAAGUUGAUAUGAAAUUAUGUUACAUUAAACUGUAUAAAUCUCUGGUUUUGAGAUAGUCUUUAUGUGAUUCAUAAUGUUGUGUGUAAAUAGAUGUAAAUAUGAGUGACAUAGAAUUAUUGUCUGUUUCGGAUUAUAGAGUGAGCGAUUUUAUUUUUAUGAUGAAGUGUGUGGGCGCCUUGUCGCUUCUCGUGGUGACGAACGAUUUCAUACUUUGGAGUUUGGCGAUCAGAUCGAAGCCGUCGGAACAAAAUAAAUGUUAUUUCUUUUAA